UGUGGCUAUCUUUGAAAUUGUAACCUCCGAUUAACGCGGUUAGCGGUGAUUAACGUAUUGUAUGUUAUUAAUGAUUCGCCGGGCGUUUUAAAACAAUCUUUUAUUAAAUUACAUUAUUGUGUACUACGUUGUGUGCGUCGAUAUUCGAAUCAGUGCCAUAGUCUUCCGCGUUAAUUUUCUCGUUUUUGUUGCUGUCGUCAUUUUUGUUGCCGUUAUCGUCGUUUUUGUUACCGGCGUCAUCGUUUUUGUCACUGUCGCCGUCGUCGUAGCUGUCAUCGUCGCUACCGCCGUCGUAGCCGUCGUCGUCGCCGUCGCCGUCGCCGUCGCCGUCGUAGCCAUCGUCAUAGCCGUCGUCGUCGUCGUCGUCGUCAUCGCCAUCGUUGGUGUUAUUAUUGUCGUCAUUAUCAUUGUCAUCAUCUUCACGUCAUUGUUAUCAUCAUCGUUAAGUUGUAAAGAGAGGAAAGUUAAUUUCGACGAUGGGGAACGUUCACACUUGCGGCCCGAACGAAGCUCUUGUGGUAUCAGGAGGAUGCUGUGGCUCUAUGAGAAAGAGAACCAUCGUCGGAGGAUACGCAUUUACCUGGUGGUUUGUAACCGACGUCCAGAGAUUAUCAUUGGAAGUGAUGACUUUGAAUCCAGUGUGCGAAAGCGUGGAAACUGCACAGGGAGUACCGCUAACGGUCACUGGAGUGGCACAAUGCAAAAUCAUGAAAGCUGACGAAUUAUUACACACUGCCAGUGAACAAUUUCUCGGAAAAAGCGUUCACGAAAUCAAAUCCACGAUUCUGUCCACCUUAGAAGGUCAUCUUCGAGCUAUACUGGGAACGCUCUCCGUGGAGGAAGUCUAUAAGGAUCGAGAUCAAUUUGCAGCUCUCGUGCGAGAAGUCGCUGCACCAGACGUCGGUCGCAUGGGCAUCGAGAUCCUUUCAUUUACAAUAAAGGAUGUUUAUGACGAGGUCCAAUAUUUAACAUCACUCGGCAAAGCUCAGACGGCCGCUGUUAAAAGAGACGCUGAUGUAGGCGUCGCCGAGGCAAACAGAGAUGCCGGCAUAAGGGAAGCGGAAUGUGAAAAAUCGGCGAUGGACAUAAAAUAUAAUACCGACACGAAGAUAGAGGACAACGCGAGACUAUACCAAUUGCAGAAGGCUAAUUUUGAUCAAGAAGUAAAUACAGCGAAAGCUGAGGCCCAAUUAGCAUACGAACUUCAAGCAGCAAAAAUAAAGCAGCGAAUACGAAAUGAAGAGAUACAAAUAGAAGUUGUAGAGAGGCGCAAACAAAUCGAAGUUGAGGAACAGGAAGUCCGUCGAAAGGAACAUGAGCUCCAGAGUACAGUACGAUUACCAGCUGAAGCUGAAUUCUAUAAAAUGGGAAGAAUUGCCGAGGGAAAAAGAACUCAAACUGUAAGCGCAGCGAAAGCCGAAGCUGAAAAAAUUCGAUUGAUUGGAGAGGCUGAGGCUCAUGCGUUGGAAGCUAUUGGUGUAUCAGAGGCUGAACGUAUGCGAAUGAAAGCGGCAGUUUACAAGAAGUACGGCGAAGCAGCAAUACUCAACAUCACUCUGAAUGCCUUACCAAAGAUUGCAGCUGAAGUUGCAGCACCAUUAGCGAGAACGGAAGAAAUUGUGCUUCUUGGCGGAAGCGACGCGACUAGCGGAGAACUUACGCGUCUUGUUGGGCAAGUACCUCCAGCUGUACAAGCGCUGACUGGAGUAGAUCUUUCUAAAGUGCUAGGAAAAAUACCAGGCGCAAAGUAAUGCCGAGUAACGUGAUUCAAGGACGACGACCAGGCAAAUAAAUUUGGAACAAAUCUGAAGGAGAGGCAAAAUCUAUACUGCCAAAGGUUUCUCUGCUACUCUGUCAUCCACCGACAACACACUUUCUGCUUUUUCCUCUCCCGAAUUUUGCUCUACCUCAAGUCCAGUCAAAGCAGCACUACGUAUGCCAGCGGGCACGCUUUUUUUAUCCCAUAUUGCGCGAAUAAAUUCAUUAGUGUUGCUCGCGUCAUACUCACAUGUUUCUUAUCUCAAACACGAUACAUACGUGUGCCUCGAUAAUGUUGCACUUUGUUUGGUGUAAUAUCAAUGUAAUCGUGACUGAGAGAACGGGCGAUUAACGCAAUUUUGAAUUACAGAGUGGUUACACAAAAAUACAUUCACAUUUACAAAAAAAGAAAUAAACGCGACAAUCCAAAGGUUUCGAUAUACAUAUUUCAUUGUUCCAAUUAUAAAUAUUGGUCGUUUUCUGAAAUUGUGAAAAGUAGCACUGCCCAUGGCCGUGCCUAAGAUAGAAACGAUUAAGAAUGUAAUGCAAAUACGACUAUUUACUACUGGAAUGCAUAAAGUGACACGGCAUUUAUACUGUAUAAAAGAUAUAUGACAUCUUUUAUUUAUUAAAAAAAGAGGAUCCCAAUAAAUAAUGUUCGCUCAUUCUUAUAGAUAUAAAUUUUUAUUAAGGACGCGAGCCAGUUACCGCCUGCAACUCUUUUAGAAACAUUUGAUACUUGUUUAUCAAAUAUUAAACAAGAACAAACAACGUUGCGAGCGUUAAGUGGUACGUGCCUCAAAUAGCACGUUUGUGUAUUAGUAACCACUUCUAAUAUCCCAAGUAAAUUAGAAAAACAAUAAAAAAAAAUAGGAAACUUAAAAAGAGAUCACAGAGAUCGAACAAAUUAAAUGCGAAAAUUCUAAUUAUGAUACACAAAAAUGAUAACGAAUACAUUAAAUGGGAAAUAAGCCUAAAAGCCACUGCCGAGAAAAAAUCCAUAUUCAGUUUUUUUUACAAUUAAUUUUUUUAAAUAUUGUUCAGCAAAUUAUAAUAAAUACUACUUUGAAUAUAUUUCAAGAUGACAGAUAUACAAGAAUAUAUUUUGUAGUUCGUAGUACAAUUGAGAAAAAGACGAUUUUAAAAAUGAAUGUAAUCGACAAAAAAACUGGUGAAAAUUUGUCCCAGAAUGUUUUAUAUAAUUUUUCAGAAUUUUUUGUAUUUUAAAUUUAUGAAGAUUUAAAAAAAAAAAAUUUUACUUAUUUUGCUACACUGUCUCUCUCUGUAAAUUUUAUUUUUAUAACUUUUUCUUUAUUAUGGGUCUGAUUAAGACUCUUGAAUAAGUCGCCGCGAUCAUAUUGAAAUUAUGACAUCAUACGCAAAAAAUUACACAUAAAAGUUUCUUGCGUUCCAUUUAUAAAUAAAAAAAAAUUUGAAAAUAAAAUAAUGAGAUUGCUUUAAAAUACUUUUAAAAAUGAGUCUCAACUAUCCCUUUCUCUUUUAAUAGUCAAUACAUGGUUGCAAAAGGCACGUAAAAUGAAGCCUAUUUAGCCAGGAAGAUAUACAGCUAAAUUGACGUUUCUUGCGUGCCAUUUAUAAAUAAAGAAAAUUUGAAUAAAACAUAAUGAGUUCAUUUCAAAACACUUGUAAAAAUGGAUCCAUCCCAAUUCUCCUUUUCCCGCUUAAUAGUCAGUUAGCAGUCAUAAAAAAAACACGUAAAAUGAAACCUAUGUAAGCAGGAAAAUACACGGACAGCUGUUGAAAAGAGUGAAAAAUAUGUUUUUACAUAUAAAAUUCAAAGAUAAUUUUACUUGCGGUCCAUUUUUACGGAUUUGGUAAAUACGAGACAAAUCACACUUUCACAAUAAAGCACAUAAUAACGAAAUGACAUGCAAGACAAAAUUUCAUUAUCAACAUGUCACUUUUCGUGUGUGUGAUAAUUAAUUAUAAUUUUUUCUACAAUACUAUGUUGUCACCGCCAACGCGGAGUUCUCGGCCAACUUCUUAGAAGCCUCAAUAUUAUCAAUGGUUUUACAUUAUGUAUGGUAUUAAAAUCUGUACUUAUAUUCUCGAUUAAAAUAAUCAAUUAGUUAUUGAGAUAUGUGUCAACGUUAUUAAGUUAUGUUUUAUUCAUAUAAUAUUUAAUUUUAUAUUUUGUUUUAAGAGAUAAUGUUGGUUUCCUAAUUAAUUUAUUGUAUUUAAAAAUUGAAAUGCAUCCUUAUAAAAAUUGCUUGGAAAUGACAUUGCAGCCAUUGUCAUCUUUUGAUGUAUUUGAUUAUUCUUUUAAUAUCUAUUUAUCUUUUUAUUUUAACGUCUAAAUUAUUCUGUUCACUUGAUUGAUACAAUUUACUUGUAAUUUACAUGAAAUGUUUGUUUCUUCUUUUAUGUACGCUCUAACAAUUGCAGAUGCGUGUACUAUAAUUAGCUAUUGAUUUAUUCGUUGGAACAAUUACUAUUUCAUAAUUUAUAUUGUCUUUGAAUUUUAUUUUAAAAACGCUACGAAUUUUUGCUUCAAUUUAAUAGAAUUAAUUUACAUAUGUAAAGGUUUUUAGAAAAGACUUUUUCACAUAUUUCUUCAUAUGUUUAGAUUUUAUAAACUUUUUUUUAUAAUAUAACAUGUAAAAUUCUUUAAAUAUCAAAAUUUACCUAUAUAGAGUGUUCUAAACUAAAAUCAAGAACAAUGACAGAUAUAUUCAUGAGUUUAACAAAGAGCAUUAAUCAGCUCACCUGGCCUUACCCUGACCGCUAUUCCCAUUAUCAUUUGCAAUGUGGUGCUGCAGGACUAUCGAAAAAGUCUGUAGUACCGACAUCAAAAAAGUUCGGCCUUAGCUUCAGCAUCCUCAUUAAGUACUUGUAUCUUAAAAGCUAUUUCUUGAAAUAAAAAUCUACAAAUAACAAUUUUUUUACAAAUUAAACAAUUCUUAUGUCUAACUCAAUUUAGCGAAAGCAAAUCAACAAAGAGAAGGUCAAUAAUGAGCGACAUACCACGAUGUUAUUUGUCUAUAAUUGAUAAUUUAUUUGAAAACGAUCGGAUUUUGAUUUUACUUAACCCUCCUCGAAAUUAUAAAACAAAAUCUUUACAUUAUUUAAAUAAUUGAAAAUUUGAAGAAUUCUUAAAUUACAUUUACAUUAUUUUAACAAUUAUUUAAAUAUCAAACAUAACAAGCCACAUUACAAAUUCGACACAAUUAAUGUACAGAAAAUCAAAAAUAAAGUCAAGUAAAUAGAAGUCCUCCAUGUCAGUAAUCCCCGAAUUUGUCUAAGUGUUUCAUCGUUUGGGCGAGAAAAAGUGUAGUUAGCCCGUUAAACUUUUUUUGAGUCAAAUUAUAAAAUGUGUUUGUUCUCUUUCCUUUAAGUAUGGAGGCUAGAAUAGUACAUUAAUAAAGCAAGUGUCUAAAUUAUAAAAUUAGCUUAUAUCAAUAUGAUAAUACUAACUUAUUUUUCUGUUUCAAAUUUUUACUUAAUUUUUUACUGUUACAAUUUUUUUACUUAAUAAUGAUAUUAGGUAAAAACAAAAAUUCGUAGCAUUAUUAUUUAUUUGAAAUUCGAAGAAAAUGUUUAGACUUAUUUGUGAAUAUACCUAUUUAAAUACAUAUAUGCUGCUACACUUUUAUUCUAAUUCAAUACUAACAUAAUUUUUCGAGAAUUUUCUUAUUAUAUUUUUAUUUGAACAUUUCAGAGCAUUCUGCAUGAAGAUUAAAAAAAAAAAAUAUUGACCUUUUUAUAUUUUUUCAAAAUUGCUCCGAAAAAAGUCACUUUCUGUUGUAACAGAAAUAAGUGAGCAAAAUGUGGCCCUGUCGUGAAUAUUAUAUAUAACGGAGUUCUAUUUUUCAUAAUUAAAUAAUCACACUGAAUAGAAAAUAAGAAAGCAGCAUUUCUCAACUAUGUCUAUUUUACUAAAAUGAUAAAUGAUAAUUGUUUUUAUAGUAUAUCCUCAAAAUUGGGAGCUGAUUUCAAAAUAAAAAUAAAUAAAGUAUUUUAAGACAGUAAAGUAUAUUAAAUAUUAUAUUAUACCAGUAUAGAUACCUGUAUCUAUUAGUUCAAAUAAGUCUAAAUAUUUUUUAGUAUUUUAAAUUAUAUUGAUCUAAAAAGAAAUCUAAAACAAAUUCAAAUUUUACUGAAAAAAAUCUUAAAAAUGUUCAAAUAUUUUCAAAUUUUAAAAAAUUUUCCAAUUUGUUCAAAAAAUUUGAAAAACUUUUUAAAAAUGUUAUAAAAUUUGCAGAAAUACAGGAAUUCUGCAAAAUUAUAUUAAAAACUGAAAACAAUUUUCACCAGGGAAGAAUCGUCAUAGACAUUAAUUUAUCCUAUUUGUCAUUUUUCAUAACGAUUGAGAAACAAAUGUUCUCAAAAAGAAUUUUAUUUGUGUUUAUUCUAUUUCGGCCUGUUAAUGUACAUGUUAUUAUCGUCCCUUUUUGUUGUAUAAUAAUUACUCUAUUAUGAUACAUUGGUUUUAUUUUAGAGAAUUCAAUAGAAGUUAUUCGGAAGGAAAUUUUUUCAAGUUUUGUAAAACCGUUAUGUAUGCUAUCUCAGCAAUCGGUUUAUGCAUUCCAUUUAAGAGGAUAUUCUACUUUGCUGGAUCCGUGAGAGAAAAGCUUAUUUAAAAAAAAUUUGUUUAAAGAAAAGUAUCAAACCCAUUAAAAUACAACUUUCAUAGAAAUAUUUAUUGAUUUUUGUAUAUUAUAAAGGUAAUUUUUUAUUAUCACAAGAUAUUCAAUGGAUGAUGUAUAAGCAGUGUUUGCCGUUAUUAUAUAAAAUUAUCUAGAAAAUUAUUUAGAUAAAAAAUAUCUUUAUCGUUUCUUUAAAUAUGUUAUUAUAAUGUAUAUUAUGUUCAUCUUAUAUAAAAAAAAGUGUUGUCUUUUUUAAAUUAUCUAAGAUUAUAUGAGCAAUAACGCGAUUGAAGUAUUCUCUUCAAUUUCCAAGUUUAUCCUAACAAAAGAAUUUUUUAAAAUAAUAACUAAUAAGAAACGAUAAAUAAUUUUUUUAAAUUAACAAGAUUGCGUUCCUAAAUUUACUUCCAGUACAGAAAAUCUAUAGUUUACGUAACAAUAUAAGCUAUAUAUUUUUAAUACUAACAAUAUAUGUUAAAUGUUUUUUUAAUUUUGUAUAUCUAGAAGCAAUGGUCUUAAAUUUGCUCUAAAACUGUAAAUACGAUUGCUUAAAAAGAUUUUUAAUUAUUGGAUAAUUGUAGCACAAUAAUGGAUAGAAAAUUUUAUGUUUGUUUUCUCCUCGAUAUGAUCAAUUUUGAAUACUAAGUGCAUUUUCUGACUGCUUCUUAAAGAGAAGAACUGAUAUAUGUUUCAGUAAACUGAUUACUAUUCAGUUAAUAACUGAUAAAAUAUCAUCAAUAAUUCGGAAUGCAACCACCAUUAUACAGAUCAGUAUAAAUACAAUAUAAAUGUCGGAUGCCCAUGUAAUGUAAACAGAUGCCCAUGCACGCAAACGCUCUGACAUUUUUUAUAACCUUAAUCUCCCCUUUUGAAUAAACCAUGGCUCAUCUCAUUUCGUAUUUUACAGUUCGUGAUAUCUUCUUGUAAGCGCAAUACUGUAUGUAAAUGGUGUUAAACUAAGGACUAUAGUUUUUCUCUGCUGAAGUAAUUGAAGACCAUUAUUUGACAUAAAGCAUAAAAACAAAACAUUUUCUUAGUUUAUAUUCAAUGGUACAACGAUUAAAUUAUCAAUAAAUCACGUUUAUAAUUAAAAAUUGAUAAAAUGAUAACCUUUAAAGUAAGAUAAAAAUACUUAUUUUAGAAAAUAUCUUUAUAAUUCAUGAAAAUAUAUCAAUAAAUAUUUCUACAAAAGUUACUAAUUGUUUGAAUAAUUUUCUAUUUAAAAAUACUAAAAAAAACACCUUUCUCGGAUCUAACAAAGUAGACCCCUUUAAUUCUUCAGAGUCGUUCACAAAAAACAGCCACUACUUAAUCAAUACCGAAAUUUAAAGCUUAAAUUAAUCAAUAUAAUUAAGAGUGUUUCGAUAUUAUUGUGUUCAACACGAUUAAAUAAUUUAACAAAAAAGAAGAAAUGUAAGAAUAGAAAGAUUUUUAAUGCGGUUCAGGAACUACGGUUUACCGCCAUAUGUAGUUGCUGUAUAUAUUUAGUCACGUAUGUAUAAUAGUUGUGAAGAGUUUCUAUCAUCGUGAAAAAAAGAAGGAAAGUGCGCCAUGCAAGCGCAAUUUAAAGUUUAAAAAGAAUGUUUGACUGUAUUUACAUCGACGCGCGCGAUAUAUUCUCGGUUGACCACGCAUCGGAAUCCAUAGCAUUAAAGUGAAAAAAAAAAAACAGUAUUUCAAAUUGAAUAAGUGCCAAUUUAUAUGAUAUCGGUUCCACUGAUAGAGAAAACUGGAUGAUCUGAAUAAAAGUUCGAUAUUAUUGUUUACAGUAACUUGUCAAUUAUGUGUAUAAUUACAGAUCUAAUAUGUAUACAUAUUAUAAUUUGUUUUUCAUUUACUUUUUGUAUGUUCCAGAUAAUUAAGCGAUAGUUUUAAUUGUGUUAAAUAUAUUUUUCUUAUAUGUAUAUCAUUUAUACAUUUUAGUUUAUGAUUAGGUGUUUCAGAAUGUGACCAAGCUUCGGUAUAUGGCGUAAGUUUAUGUAGAAUGCGAGAAAUGAGAUUUAUACUAAAAAAUAAAAAAAAUAUAUAUAUGAGGUAUACAAAUAAUUAAUCCUACUUUUUAUGAAAUUCAAUAUUUAUUGUAAUGUAUAAUUCAAUGAUGAAAGUAAUUUACAUUAUUUUUAAAUAUUUUUCUCCACGUUUCAGACAAGUUAUAGAUUCCAGCUCGAUAUAAAAGCUGUUUUUUAAUGAUAAAUUUAUCAUUUUCUUCUUCAAUAUUUCUAAAUGUUUUUGUCAGAUAAAAUAUGCUGUAUCGAACAAAACAAACAAUUCAAAAGCGUCACAUCCAAUGAAAUAAGCCAAGUCGAAGGAUCAAUUAAAGAAAACGUACAAUGAUUGCCGUUUCUAACAGUAUUUUAUUGCUGUAUUGCCAUAUUAUUUUCGUAUAUUUAUAGAAAAAUGUACAAUGAUUUCCACGAGUGGUUGACCCCUCGCGUGAAACACAAUUGUCUUUGAUCAACUUCGCUACAUGAAGCUGACAAUGAGCAUUGUCAUAUAGCAAUUUGAUUCAACGAUGACCUUUCCUUAUCAUCGUUAGUUGCACUAAUGUAAUCUGGCUGGAAUGCUGUAUCAGACUUACUGUACUUUUACUGGACAUAAUGCCUUCAGAUUAUCAUUUGUUCCACUGCUUACAGCGUUUUAUUUGACAAAAAAUUUAUGAAAAUUGAAAAGUAAAAAAAUGACUUGAUGAAUUUAUCGCGAGAAGAUAACUAGUUUUUCUAUCGAAUCUAAAUCCACAAUUUAUCUGAAACGUGGAGAAAAGUAUUGGAAAAUAAUAAGGAUUAUUUUUAUUAUUGAUUAAAAUCUAUCGAUGUUUCAAUAACAAAUACUGAAUAAAAAAUAGUAGAUUAUUUUGUGUACACCUAAUACGUGUGCGUGCAUGUGUGCGUGCGUGCGUGCGUGCGUGCGUGCGUGCGUGCGUGCGUGCGUGCGUGUGUGUGUGUGUGUGUGUGUAUGUGUGUGUACACAAAACAUACGCGUACACACACUUUGUAUAUUUAUAUAAGUAUUUGUUAAUGAAAAAAUUUAUUCUUUAUAUGUUGCAUAAAUAUUCUUUAAAACUGUACUUUUAUACAUUUAUCAUAUUUAGUUGUUUUAUUCAGUUUGUAUUUACCAAAAAAUUAUGAAAGACAAUUACAAUUUUUGAACAAUUUGAUUCUCCAGCCCCUUUAAGUAGCUAUUUACAUUUGCAUUUAUUACGUAUUCAAUUUUUAUAUACUAUAAGAGUAACAUUUUAAAAUUAGAAUUUACAAUAUGUACAUGUAAAUAAUAUUUUCUCCACAUCAACAUUUGUUGUUAUUAAGGAAAAAUAAGAGACAUAAAGUCAUUAAUCAGAAAAGUCUUCCCAUUAUCAUUUUUCCAAUCAAUAGACAGAAAAAUGCUUAAUAUAAUAGAUCAGUACAAAAAAAAUUAAAGUCUUAACAAAGAUAAUAAUAAUGAUGAUGAUGAUGACGAUAAAAGGGAGAGGAAAUUUAGUGAAUAAACUUGAUAAAUUCUAGAAUCAUCCAGUAGAAACGUCAUCCAAGAUAUAUUAUUAACUCUAACAGCUGUCAUAAAUUAGUAAAAUAGAUAUUCAAUGUCGUUUCUGAAAUGUCAAAUUAAAAUAAAAAUUCUGUAAUUUCAGAAAUAAAAGAGAAAUUGCAUUAAAUCAAUAAAUCUUUUUAAAGAGUUUAAUGCAAACUUUUUUCUUCCGAUGAGUAGUCAAUACGAGAAAACACAUACUACAUAAACACAUAUACAGAUUUAGAAUAAUUACGAUUUUUCGACAAAUCCGAUAUAAUCGGCUUAUAUUGUAAUCGAAGAUAAUUAUUGACCGUGCCAGAAUCACAUUCUUGCGAAGCGUCCAAUCUGUUUUUUCAAACAAUAACAAACCACGCAUAAUAUUCCUGUUUCUGCGAUGGAACACUCCAAGAUCGAAUGUUUGUAAUAAAGACGAUUAAUGUUCAUUUUCAUCAAUACAGAUUAAUUUUUUAGCUUUUUCUAGUUUCAAAAAUUAAAAAAAAGAUGAAGAGUAAGUUAAGCUGAAACAAAACAAAGUUAAAAAGAAACAAAGCUAAUCUGUGUUGGUGGAAAUCGACAUAAAACGUUUAUUGAUUUCUUUAAUCUAACAUUAUUGAUUAAUACUAACAUGUACUUUGUUUACGUAUAUUUUAUUGACGAGCUAUACUUUUACUAAUAUUUAUAUUUCUUUUUAUCUUCCUCUCUAUUCUAUAAGAAAAAAAUAACGCUUAAAUAAAAAUCGUUAAGACGUUUUGCAUUAACCGUGCCCUUGUUAAGGUAGGAGAAAAAUCGUGUUCGUCGUUUGAGUCUAGUUAAACAAAUCGCAUUUAUGCGAUACAUUAAGAAAAAAUAUAUACAGUUUCUCUCUAUUAGGUCAUGUUGAGCCAUUUGUUUCAGUACUAGUGUGAAAGAUAUUCUAUCCGUUUAAAUUUUUUUUUAUAUUGAAACAAAUCACAAAAAAAAUGUUAUGACGAUGCACCAUGUGUUCUGUAUUAUAUAGCGUUCUAUUAUGCAGUGUCUAAAAUUAAACAUUCUCGAUUUGAACGUAUCGCUUAUAUACGUUAGCGCUCGAUUCAUAUUUGUACGUACCCAGACACAAGGGCGAAAUAGUGUUCCCAGAUAGCAUUAAAUAUUCAUAAAAUGUUCAUUUAUUUCAAAUAUUUUGUAUAUGCGGAAUAGUAGAAGAAUGUUUCAGAUGUUCAAAUAGGCAUACCUAGACAAAUCAAUAUAAAGGUCUAAUUUUACGAAUUUUUUGUGAAAAAAAAACGAAAAGGGAUAGAGAAGUCAUCUAUUUCAUUGUGUAAAAACCAUAUUUUCUCUAUUUGACAUAUAAAUUUAUGGAAAAUAGUACAAAAUGACAUUGCUAUUCAAGUUUUCUUAAAUUAUGAUUUUAAAAAAUGAUGUUUACAUUGGCUACUGCUAUUCCCAUACAUGAAUUCAUCAGAAAGCACAAUGACACAAAUUUUAUAAAGUUGAAACAUAAAUCUAGUGUUUGACAUUUCAAAAAUAUUUUUCGAAAUAUUGCAUUUGAAAAAAUAACAGUUAGUCAAAUCCAACAUAGCAAUAUUUCAUUACAAAUUUUGCUCAUUUUUUAACUGCAACAAAAAAUUAAGCAUUAUAAAAAAAAUCGUACAUCAAGCAGUAAUUUCUAUAACGAAUUCGAUCACUUGUUCUGCACCAGAUUAGUAUGUACAGUCAGGAGCUAAAAGGUUUAAACACUUUUUUUUAUGGUUUUUGAAAUGUAGACUUGUUCAUCGAUUGGCGAACGUAAUUGGUUGGAUCCACAGGUAAGAAUCAAUUACGUUCGCGGUUCGAUGAGCAAGUCUACAUUCCGAAAACCGUCAAAGAAAAUAUGUUGCAACCUUUUAGCUCUUAACUGUACACACUAAAAGCUACUAUAAAUAAAGUUAGUAAAAAGCA